AUGUAUGUAUUACGUAUUUCUAGUGAAAUUAUUGAAAAUCAAUCUGAUAAUAAUGCUUAUGAAAUAAUACAAAAUUCAAGUAGAACCGUGCUAAAAAAUGGAAAAUCGAUUAAGGAUAUUUAUAAGAGUUUACAAGAAUUUAAUUUAUAUUCUUGGGAUGUUCAAGAUAAUAUUAAAUCCAUCAAUAUUUCUACGGAUUGUAUGAUGGAUUAUUUGAAUGUUAUUCAAUCAUUAGAUCAACAAUGGGCAUUGCAAAUGAUUGAUGCUUCUGCCAAAGGAUUGCCACCCAGCAUACUUGAAGGAAGUGUGUUUAAUUUGGGAAAUUAUGAAGAAUGUUUGAGUAUUGAAAAUACAGUUGAAACUAUUGUAGGCCAAUAUUGCAUUGCCCAAACGUCCAUAAUAUUCACAGCUAACAACAAAUUACCAAUUUUUAAUGGUAUUUGUGUUCCACAUAGAUGUUCAGCCAAAGAUAUUAGUAAAAUUAUCGAUUUUAUAUUAAAGAAGAGUGUUUUACCGACAUCAACCAAUGUUAUGUUAUGUUCAACCAAUGAAAUGUACAACUUUCGUAAAAGUGAUUGGAUAACGAUUUCAAUUACAUCUGUAAUAAUUUUGUGGAUAUUUAUAUGUACGAUUUUGGAUGUUUGGAUGCCACAUCUUACAACUAACUGUUACAUAUUUCGAGCAUUUUCAUUGUACUACAAUGGAUCAAAAUUAUUUAAAAUUAGUACAUCAACCGCUAAUUCCAAAACUAUAACCUGCUUAAAUGGAAUGCGUGUGAUAAGUAUAUUAUGGAUUAUCUUAGAUCAUAGAUAUGUUUUAACAUUUAUGUUUCCAUUUAAUAUUAAUAAUAUGGAGACAAAAAAGUACUUAACAAGUUUACAAUCUACAUACGUUACUGGUGGUACAGUCUCCGUGGAUACAUUUUUCAUAAUGAGUGGAUUUCUAUUGACUCUUACAUUUUUGAAGCAAAUUGAUCGUUUAAAGGGCAAAUUUCCUUGGAUUAUGUUUUAUGUUCAUCGUUAUAUAAGAUUAACCGUUGGAUUACUUGUAGUUUUAAUAUUUACGCUUACUAUAGCUAUAAAAAUAGGUCGUGGACCAUUCUGGAAUGUCCUUGUACAAAAUGGUCUGGUAGAGCUUUGUGAAAAAAAAUGGUGGUCAGCAUUACUUUAUGUACAAAACUACGCGAAUUCAGACAGUGUUUGUUUAGGCCACACAUGGUAUUUAGCCGUAGAUAUGCAAUUAUAUGUGUUAUCACCAUUAAUUUUGUACCCCAUGUGGCGCUGGAAAAAGUUUACUUACAUAGUUAUUCCAAUACUGUUAGUAAUUCUACACAUUUCAACAUACUUGAUUGUGUUUCUUUUGGAAUUAAAAGUGAAAUAUAUGACAACAGAUGCAGAUCAGCAAGAUAUAGCAGAUUAUAAUAAAUAUUAUUACCAACCAUCACAUACUAGAGCAAUACCAUGGUUAAUGGGUGUACUGUUAGGGUAUUAUAUUUACCAUUUACAAGUUCCAAAAAGGUUAAAUAAGAUAUUUGUUUUUCUUAUGUGGAUUGUUUCCUUAGUAUUGCUAGUUGCCGUUGUAAUGACUGUGUAUCCAUUUGUACAAGAUGACUCUGAUCCAGAUAGCGGAUGGGAACCAAUUUAUAUUGUAUUUUCUAGAACUUUCUGGUCAAUAGGAAUCUGUUGGAUAAUAUUUGCAUGUUAUACCGGAUAUGGAGGUCCAAUAAAUUGGUUUUUAUCACUGAAUAUGUGGACUCCAUUAUGUCGAAUAUCUUACAGUGUAUACUUAAUUCAUUUGAUUCAGCAAUUAAUGAAAGAAGCCAGUACGCACACGAUAAAAUAUUUUUCACCUUUUGAGACAUUUUUUGAAACUUUUGGCGACGUGGUGUUAACUUGUUCCUUAGCGACAUGCAUGUACCUCUGUUUUGAGAGUCCGAUUUUUAAUUUGGAAACUUGGUUACUAAAACGAGCAUCCUCAUCAAACCGAGAACAAUCUCAAGGAACAAUUAAUGCUGGACUUACAUCAUCUACUCAAGCUCUUACUGCGUAA